AUGCCACACCAACGAGUGAGACUUGCCGGAAAUUUGUAACGGGCGUUCGGGUCAGUGUCCGCUGGACAUUUACAAGAAGAACGGCAACCAGUGCGAGAUCAAUAAAGGCUACUGCUUCAAUGGCGUCUGCCCGACCCUGGACAGCCAAUGCCGACUCAUUUGGGGCGACGGCGGACUUUCGGGCGACCGCAAGUGUUUCGAGCAGUUCAAUUCGCAAGGAUCAAUCAACGGCCAUUGCGUGCAGGAUGCCCACAACAAUUACAUUCGCUGCGAUGCGGAGCACGUCAUGUGCGGAUCGCUGCAAUGCCAAAUGGGAACGCGCUACCCCAUCGUCGCCGGAAUGGAUCAAAUGUAUUCGAGGACUCUGGUCUCCAUGGCCGGACGGGAUUUCGAGUGCAAGAUCACCAGCGGGACCGUUGCGGCUGCCGAUCUGCCGGAUUUGGGGAUUGUGCGGGACGGAACUCCUUGCGGAAACAGUCUGAUUUGCAUGAACAAGACGUGCAGCAGCUUUUACCCGCACAUUGACCGAUCGAAAUGUCCCAGCAACAACGUUGCGCUGGAUUGCUCCGGCCACGGCGUUUGCUCCAACAUCAACUCGUGUUUCUGAGACGCCGGAUGGACUGGCCACGAUUGCUCGACCCAGACCAACGACAGUUACAUCCGCAGCGGCUUCCAGUCCGGCGACAAGAUGGGCGCCGCCGAGGCCUCCGAACGCGACUCGGUCAACGCUGGCGCCCUGGGAACGGGGGCUCCUCCGCCGCUCAACGGCGUCACAACCCUCAUGCCGGAAGCGCAAACCAGCAACAGCAAAACCACCUCCUACGGUAUACCCAUUCGAUCUAGCCUUUUAAUCCAAUUGAUUUAAGUUCAACGCAUAAGAAUUUAAGUGAUAAGAUAUUUGUCACUGUUUUGUGUUAUAGCUCGUAAAGUUUCAGGUGAAAAGGGUGGCAGUUAUGAAGGUGUUAGUUCGCUAACGAUGGCCCU